ACUGAUGAAUGGAUGUGAUCGAAGAGUAGACGCACAACAAUCUACAGUGGGACCUCCCUUUUGUUCAUAAACUUGUUAAAAGAUGCAAAUGAAGUGUCUAAAUUGUUGGUCAGGAGAGUUCUUUUAGCAUGUUUACUUGAGCUAUUGGUUGAUGCAUUUCCUGAAAGAAAUUCUGUGAGUGAAUUGAAUUUCUGCAAAGAAGGUGAAGAUGGCCCACACAUCGGGUAGGAAGAGUUAUAAAAGGAAACGGAAGGAACCGGAACUUAUUCUUGGCAACGAAUCACAUCGACUAACUUUUCGAGAGGCAACUCGUAAGAAAAAGAACAAAAAUUUCGUAAAUCAGGGUGCAGAGGAUAACUCGAAUGCAGCGCGUCGAGAGUUUGUUGAACUUUCUCAAAGCCACGAAUUUGAUUCCAUCAAUUGCGACUACAAUAGAUGUGCGAAAGAUUUAGGCUCGAGACCUACACUAAGAUCGUAUAAUCGUGUGAAACAUCUGAACCUGCCUACAACUAACAAAGCAAGUGGAGGCCAAUCAGAGGAAGUAAAAAAGCUCAAAGUGGAACGACAGUACGUAGAAGAUGACAUGAAAAAGCUUGAAGCAGAACUUUCUAAGAUGCGGGAGGAAUUAAAUCAUCUAAAAGAACUAAUAUCAGAUAGAGUUCUCAAUUCUCAGGCCGUCGGCCGUGGUAAUGAUCUGGAUGAUGCGUUCUCUUCAAACAAUCACUCUCGGAAUGGAAAUCAUCAUAAGUCUGCAACUAAAGGGCGUCGUCGCCUAACUGUUUGAACUUUUACGAAUUAUUGAAAACUUAAAUGUAGACUAUUUUUGUAACUAUUUAAAUUUUCUUUUAUUGAGAGUGCUGCUACUACAUACACAUAUGUUUUGGAUUACAUGUUAUGUUGAACUAGGUAAAUUUUAAUG